AUGCUCCAGAAAAAUAUUCCCUCCAUUGUGACCUUACCAGUCGAACUUAUUUAUCAUAUUCUUGAUAAUCUUGAUAUACUAACAAUAUUUAUUUCACUUCGUAAUACAUUUACUAUACUCAAUCUUCAUCGUGAAAAACUCAAUGAACAACAAUUCCAAUGCCUAUUCAAUGCAUUACGAAAUAAUAAAACAGUAACAGAACUUCACCUUGAUUGCAAUAGAAUAGAUAAUCAAAAGACACACUAUCUUGUUGAUGCAUUAAAAAAUAAUACAACAAUCACAGCGUUAGUUCUAUGUAAUAAUAAUAUCGGUAUUGAUGGUGCACAAUCUUUAGCUAAUCUUCUAAACAAUAACAAAACAAUAGAAAGGCUUAAUCUGGGAUGGAAUGGAAUUGGCUCUGAAGGUGCUUUGCAUAUAGCUGAUACAUUACGUAAUAAUCAUAUAUUAACAACUUUACAUUUGGAUAUCAAUAAUAUUAAUAAUCAAGGUACAAAAUAUCUAGCGGAUGCAUUACAUUAUAAUACAACAUUGAAAAUAUUAAUUCUUUCCAAUAAUAAUAUUGACGAUACAGGUGCACAGUAUCUUGCUAAUAUGUUAAAUAUAAAUAAGACAUUAACAAAAUUAGUUCUCUGUGAAAAUAAAAUUGAUUCUACUGGAGUAAAAUAUCUAGCAAAUGCAUUAUGUAAUAAUAAAAUACUUACAACAUUAAAUCUUCGGUUGAAUAAAAUCAAUUCUAUUGGAGCACAAUAUCUCGCAAAUGCAUUAAAAAAUAAUCAAACAUUAACAGAUCUUUAUCUUGGAUGGAAUAAAAUUGAUAAUCAAGGAGCACAAUAUUUAGCGAAUGCAUUGGAUAUUAAUCAUACACUACUUAGUUUGCAUCUUGAACGUAAUAAAAUCGAUUGUCAAGGACGUGAAUACUUUAAUAAUGCAAUUUUAAAAAAUCAAGUAAGAGAUUUAUUCUAG